AUGGAAGUAAACGAUGCAGAACAAGUCGGACCUCAUGCAAUGAAUGCUCCAAACCACCAUACAGCCAAUCACCGUCGAAGCGAUUCUUUGCAAGACACCAUUAUAGAAGACGAUUUUACUCAACUUAAGAAAGAAAGCUCCUCAACUAAGGAUAUAAGUCCCCGAAUUGCUGCAAUACCCUCGAUUCGCUCGCUUAUCCCUAGAGACUUUCUCCUCCUCAAUGUUCUCUUCAAUGUGGGGAUCAUCAGCUACUUGUCGUUCUCUGUCAAGUUACUCUGGAAACUUUCGGUCAUGUUCCAUAGUCAACCGCAUGCCGUUGGUGUUGGAUUCCUGGUUCCGAGUGCUGCAGUUUUUACCUUUGCUCAACUUCAGCGAUAUGCUCGCGAUCAAGUCCCAGGUCGAGAGAACAUCACAGAGAUAGUAGGGAUCGCUUGA